AUGUCCGAUUCGAGCGAUGAUGAGUCCGUUGAUCAACAUAUGAACUUCCACAUGAAUCCUGCCAAUCGGUGGAAAAUUGUGCCAAAACUGAUUCUGGUUGGUCGCAAAUACUGGGUUCUAGCUGGUCCGGAUCUCUCUGAAAUUUUGCCGGAAAAUGGGGUAAAACCUGUAAGUAGAGUAAAAAGGUUAGAACGAGAAGUUAGGCAGCUUGAAGCUGAUAUACUCGAGAUGCAAGAACGUCACGAAGAGCUCAACAGAAAAGCACCCGCUGAUUACACCACAGACUCCUUCACUAAAUUUACACCACUUUCACUUAUCACUUNNNNAAACCGUUCCACCAGCUUCUCGCAACGUACUGCUCGGCUUGGAACUUGA